AUGGCCCAGAAUCUUCCCACCAACUUCCUCAUUUUCACGUCCAUCCGCUAUGAGCCUACUGCCAGCGACAAUGCCGUAAACUUCCCCCACUACCUGCUGCCGUUUCAUCUAGCUCGCCUGCGCGCAGCAGCAGCAGCGUUCAACCUGGUCAAUGUCCAGGAAGUGUUGGCCGAUGAAAAAGCGGCUCUGUCGCUGCUCCGAACGACCGUCGACAAUGCCGUACCUGACAAGACCAAGCCCUGGCGCGUCAACGUCCGAUUCACCCCCGACGCGCAAAUCACCGCCUCCACCACUCCUCUCCCGCCGCUGAAGAACAACAUCAUGAGUCUUCCAGACACCAAGUCCCUGCCACAAUUCCUACAAAAAGAGGCCCACCGCCGCGGGUUGCCGCACUGGGACGUGGUCGUCGACUCCCAGCCCACGCCCGCCUCGCCCUUCACCGGCCACAAAACCUCCGUCCGCGAAAUGUACAACGCCGCCCGCGAAAGAGCCAAUCUGGUUUCCUACGACGAGCCGAGGGAGAUUCUGCUCUGGAAUGAGAACGGCGAGGUUACCGAGGGCAGCAUCACGACAGUGUACCUGUGGCGUGAGGCUUCAGGCACGGGGGCGCGACGGUUGGUGACGCCACCCCUGCGGUGCGGCCCCAACGCGAGCUCGACGAGGCGCUACGCGCUGAGCAAGGGGUUGUGCGACGAGGAGGCUGUGCGGCUGGAGGAGCUCAAGGAUGGGGAUGAGAUUUGGCUGAGCCACGCGAGCGAUGGAUUCUUUCCCGGUCGGUUGCGGUUUCUCAAGACGUGA